AUGAACCCCCUUCUGGGCCAUGGCGGUAACUCCGCUAUAGAGUCAGCCGGCCUUUUGGCCGAUCUCUUGAAGGGCACACUUGACAAGAAUUCAUAUCCAGACAACGACAUAGUUCAACAGAUCUUUCUGAAAUUUCAAGAGGAGAGACGUCCUAGGACGACUCACCUUAUGGGAACAACGAAAAAGGUGCAACAGAUGGAAAUCCUGGAGAGCCCGAUCCUAGAGUUUCUACAGCUCAAGUUUUUCGGGCAACUUGGCGGAGAAUAUCUUGGUCCCCAGUUAGCAGUUUCUUCAACCUCGGCUCAUACUUUGAAAUAUUUGCCAAAGACGUAUAGACGCGGGGUGGUACCACUGGAUGAAGAAAUCAAGGCAAAUCCUCACGACCGACGUGCUAUUGCCACUGCCCUAUGGAUGGGCGUGAUGCUACUAAUUGCUUUAUGUGGCCGACUUCUAUCUCGAUACUUGGUUCUCGUACCGAGCCCACAUUCUACCGUCCCUGAAGCAUUGGCAAAUUAUCUCUUUGUCACUGCCGUUUCGAUCAACGGACUAUGGAUAGUUGAGUCUUAUCGCUCAAGUUUGCUUUUUUCGCCUCUAUUCAGCGCAAUCCCAUUCAUCAUCGCUUCGACUGCAUUUGGGGGCCAAAUGAUCUUGCCAAUUUACUUCGCCCUCCACAUCUAUUUCACUAGAAAGCGAUCAUUCUAUCAUCCUUUCCCUCGUGCUAUCAAUCCCUGGGCCGCAAAGGCACUACCCGUGGCUCUAUUGAUUACUUAUAUGCCCAGUAUAUUCCAAAUUCUGGUUCCAUCUCGCUGGAAUGGUCGAGAAUAUCUGCCAAAUUCUGCAUGGGGCCACUCUAUGGUGCAUAUCGCUCUGCCCAUAACGCUUCACAUUGGCAAACUUUUCUACCAAACAGGCGCCACGAAGUUGACUGUUGGUCAGUUGUUAUACUCGACAAGAGAUAUGAAAUAUCUCUCUCGAUUCUUCGGCAUGAUUCUGGUUCUCUCAAGCACCGCUCAUUUAAUGCUAAUCAGUAGACUGAUAUCUUAUGCUGAUUACGCUGCCUUCAAAGCUUUAAAAGUACCGUGCUUGGAGCUAGUACAGCUCGUCUCACUCACAGCUUCCAUUGUUGCAUGGUGCUGUUUCACGAUCUGGGACAUGCGGCGAGUGAAUCUGACAACGCACUCUCCUCUUGUGGUGUUAUUCGGCAGCUUCAUUGCUUGCAUUCUUCUUGGGCCUGGUGCUGUGUUAGCUGCGUUAUGGCAGUGGCGGGACCGUGAGCUGGAACAUGGCAGAAAGCCCGAGAUUGACUAG